UAGAAGAGUUGUUAAUCAAGACAGGGUAUAACAUGCAUUCACAUAGGAUAAGAGCUCACAGUAUAGACCGUUUAAGCUGCUAAAGACAAAAAGACAAAAGGAACUGGGAUGCCAGUUACAGCUAUGUGAGCAAAACUUGCACAUUCAUUCAUUCAUUCAUUCAUUCAUUCGUUCAUUUAUUUAUUUAUACAUAACGGCUUAUCGAAUAUCGAAUCGGCAUAUCGUUGCUUGAGUUGGAUUUUGUGAAUCAGUUCACGGUGGUAUGUUCAUUUUAUAAUGCUAAACUAAGUAAAAUAAUAUUUUAUUUUAAGUAGAAAUACACGAACGCUGGAGAUGCUGCAAAAAAAGUUGGGAAUUCUGUUGGAACUCCUGAAUCGAUUCGAUCGUUUUAUUGAGAAAAAAAGAUCCGAACGAAUCGAUUCAAAAUGACGAUUCAUUCACGACUCGGACAUCGCUGCUGCUUUUGGUGAGCAGAGCGAAGAUGGCGACGGCCCCGCUGUACUGCGUUUGCCGGCAGCCGUACGAUGUGAGCCGGUUUAUGAUAGAAUGCGACAUUUGUAAGGACUGGUUUCACGGCAGCUGCGUCCAGGUUGAGGAGCACCAUGCAGUGGACAUUGAUGUUUAUCACUGUCCCAACUGCGAAAUCCCCCAUGGACCCUCCCUGAUGAAGAAACGGAACAACUGGCACAGGCAUGACUACACAGAGCCUGAUGAUGGCAGUAAACCUGUGCAGGCUGGCACGUUCAUGUUUGUGCGGAAGCUUCAGACCAGGAGCUUCGCUAGUGCGGAUGAGAUCCUGACACAGAUGCAUGGAAGUCAGGUGACCCAGCGCUAUCUGGAGAGACACGGCUUCCGCUACCCCAUCGCCGUGGCCCAACUGGACGGGCUCGGCCUACGCCUUCCACCUUCAGAUUUCUUAGUCAAGGAUGUGGAACGAUAUGUUGGUGGCGAUAAAGUGAUUGAUGUCAUCGAUGUGGCCCGCCAAGCAGACAGCAAGAUGAAACUGAAAGAGUUCGUCAAGUAUUACUACAGUCCUCAGCGGCCGAAAGUUCUCAACGUCAUUAGCCUUGAGUUUUCUGACACCAAGAUGUCAGAGCUGGUAGUGGUGCCAGACAUUGCACAGAAGAUGUCUUGGGUGGAGAACUACUGGCCUGAUGACUCGUAUUUCCCCAAACCCUUCGUGCAGAAGUACUGUCUGAUGGGUGUCAAGGACAGCUACACUGACUUCCACAUUGACUUUGGGGGCACAUCAGUGUGGUAUCACGUGCUGUGGGGGGAGAAGAUUUUUUACUUGAUUAAGCCAACUCCAACCAACCUUGCACUGUAUGAGGAGUGGAGCUCGUCUCCAAACCAGAGUGAGGUGUUCUUUGGGGAGAAAGUGGACAAGUGCUACAAGUGUGUUGUCCGGCAGGGAACUACCCUUUUCAUCCCCACAGGAUGGAUCCAUGCAGUUCUGACCUCUCAGGAUUGCAUGGCAUUUGGAGGGAACUUCCUCCAUAACCUUAACAUCGGCAUGCAGCUCAGGUGUUAUGAGAUGGAACGGAGGCUAAAGACUCCUGACCUUUUUAAGUUCCCAUAUUUUGAGGCUAUAUGCUGGUAUGUGGCCAAGAACCUGCUGGAGACCCUCAAAGAACUGCGAGAAGAUAACUGUCUGCCUCCAGAAUACCUGAUAAAGGGAGUGAAAGCUUUAAUCACUGCACUGAAGAACUGGCUAAGGAGAGAGGUCACCGAACCAGCCAGUGAGGUCCCUGACCAUAUCAGACCCAACCAUCUCAUUAAGGAGCUCACUAAGGAAAUUCGCCAUUUAGAGGAGGAGCAGAGUGGGAGUGGCGGAAGCAAGCCAAUGAAAACUCAGGGAAGCUUGGCAUGUCUAUCUACGAGGUCAUCGCAUGAGAGGGGGCUCCAGGCCCCCAGGAACGCCAGAAAGCUUCGGCAUCACCACCACCAUCAUCACUCCCAUGCACCUAAGGCUCCAUCCAACCUGGACAUCUUUGAACAGCAUACCCAAGAGGUUCUGAAGAGGCUGGAGAUGGACCCCUUUGAAGAGGACUCAUCCUUCAGCCCAAAGGUGAAGUUCAACAAACUGUCCACAGCCUCAGCUGCUGCAGCCGAGAGAAGCCUGGACAACCAUUUGCAUCUGGUGCUGUGCAAUGGCCGCAUUAUCAAAGAUGAGAGGUGGCAGGUCCAGGACAAGAACCCACCAGAAAAAGAAGGUGCAGGUGAGCAGAAGAGGUAUGCAAUGAAGAUGAAGAUGGAGGUGAAGGAUGAGGAGCAGGAGAAAGAAAGAUGUAUAGCAGAACAGGAGAAGAACACCCUUAAAGAGAUGUUUAAGCGAGAGAGCUUGGAUCUUAGGAACAACGAAUCGGAUGCGUCAUCCGACUCUGAAUCUGAAGACCGUUGUAUUAAAUGGAAAAAGCAGCUGUCAUCUGGAGAAGACUCAGAGAGCUCAUCAAGGGAGGAAGAGGAGGAGGAGGAAGUGAUGAGAAAGGAGAAUGCCCUGUCCAAAAAUAUGACCAAGUGUAACUCUAGCAGCUUGACAGAUUCUGACCACAUCAGCCAACGACUCGAACAUCAUGACAAACCUCUGAAAAGAGACCCUUCUACCUCACCCAGUACAGAAGAGGAUGCUAUUCAGGGCAUGCUGUCUAUGGCAGGGCUGCUGUACCCUCACUCAUCAGAGGAGGGUGCCAACUCCCAGGAGUCCUGGUGGUCCUGUACCACUCAUCCUUCCCCUGAGUACAGUGGGAAGGAGCCUAUAUCAGGAGAGGAGAACCUUGAUUCAGACAGCAACUCCACAAUCAGCAGCCAGGAGGAGCGGCGGGUGCUGAAGCAGCAGCGCAGGGAGAGUCAGAGCCUGCUGGACAGUCAGGGCAGCUGCAGCAGCAGUGAAGCCUGGGGCAGCCACACUCACUCUCCAAGGCGUGAGGACAGCCCCCCAUCGGGGUAUCAGUACUGCGAGACCUCACUCUCCCCACCCCUGCACCCCUCUAAACGGCCUGCCCCCAACCCCCCACCAAUCAGCAACCAGGCCACCAAAGGUAAGCGUCCUAAGAAAGGCAUGGCCACAGCGAAGCAAAGACUGGGGAAGAUUCUCAAGCUCAACAGACAUAAACCUUUCUUUGUGUAGUACUGAAAGUGGCAGCAUCCUCAGCAAGUGCGCGCAUGCCAUGUGCGUUCUGGACAGACAGGGUAUUUAAAGAGCACAGUUCUACACACUGAAUCCAUCAAAAGCACAGCAUUGACCUACCAUCACAUACAGUCAUCAGCUGGCAGCAGAGAACAUUAAAGUUCACUUCAUUUCAUCAUGCAGAGCUUGUGGAUGUUGCCUAUGAAGAAAAAAGCUUCGUUCAUUUGGAAUCCAGUAUUUCUCACUGAACGUGUUCAGAAGACACAGGAAAACUGAGGAAGAGAUGGAUCUUGGAUUUAGUUUGACCAUAGUGUUCUACAUUUAAGGUUUCUUGCCAUCUUUCCCAUUGGAGGGAUUGAAGGUUCACCUACAUCAAUCAUGCCACAUUCCUGCCUCAUGCUUUCAAUGACUUUUUGAGUGUUUCGUGUGAAAACUGUGCCACUUAAACGGCGCACGAGUGAUGAAUUGAUUCGCUAAAAUGGUGCUAGACUCGUAUGUGCACUUGCUGUGCACAAGGCCAAUCUCAGAGGGGAGGAAGGAGAGUAGCCCUCAUUUUUCCUCAUUUCUCUUUCUACAUCAUUAAUUCCCUCAAAUUAAUUCCUUCACCCUCAUCUCCUUCAGGAAUGAAGCCUCCAGGAGAACUUUUUUUCCUUUUCAAGCUGCCUGACCCUUCGCCCUCAGAUCAGGGGCAUGGAUGGAUCUCGUUCUCACUUUUUUUAGACGAAUUUAAAAAAAGUAUUUUUGUUAG